AGUUGUUUGGUUGAUUAUUAAUCAAUAACUGACCUUCAAAUAUCUAUACAAUCUCAUUACAUAAACCUUUUUAUGCUUGCUAGCAGUUUUGGUUCUAUAGUAGUUGGGUUUGUUAAAUCAAAAUUCUAUGGCAAAAAUGAAAAACGUGGAGAUACAACCAAUUCCAAAGAAAAGAAGAAGCACCGUGGGUCAUUUUCCUUUCAGGGUGGAAUGCAGACACUAGCUGAUAUGUUAUCAAAAGGUCUCCGCAAUGAAGAGCUUAAACUGAAAUCAGAGGUUUUGUCUUUAUGUUACAAUGAUGAUAAGAAAUCAGUCCUAGAGAAUUGGUAUCUUUCUUAUGCUUCUGGCCAUGACAAACCCUCACAAGGUUUAUCUUUUGAUGCUGUAAUAAUGACGGCCCCACUGUGUAAUGUUAAAGAAAUGAAGAUUUCAAAAGGAGGAAAUGUAUUCCCAUUGGACUUUAUUCCUGAGAUAAGUUAUAUGCCACUGUCAGUCGUAAUUACCACCUUUAAGAAGGAGAAUGUCAAGAGACCCCUAGAAGGAUUUGGAGUUCUUGUACCUUCAAGGGAGCAAAAGAAUGGUUUAAAAACCCUUGGUACACUGUUUUCCUCCAUGAUGUUUCCAGAUCGAGCACCUAAUGACUUGUAUCUCUACACAACCUUUGUUGGUGGAAGUCGAAACAAGGAACUGGCAAAAGCUUCAACAAAUGAGUUGAAGCAGAUUGUUACUUCAGACCUUCGGCAGUUGUUAGGAGUGGAAGGAGAACCCACUUUUGUGAAUCAUUUCUACUGGAGCAAGGCAUUUCCCUUGUAUGGGCAUAACUAUGAUUCUGUUCUGGAAGCAAUUGACAAGAUGGAGAAAAACCUUCCUGGAUUCUUCUAUGCUGGUAACCAUAAAGGUGGAUUAUCUGUGGGGAAAGCUAUGGCCUCUGGAUACAGAGCAGCUGACCUUGUAAUCUCAUACUUGGAAUCUUCUUCGGACGACAAGAUGAUAAAUGCUGGAUCAUCUGAUUAUUAGAAACCAAACCUUACAGAUGUACUCUUGCAUUGAAGCUAUGGUAAUAGAAAAUCACUACUGUAAUAAUUUUAUUAUUCUUCUGGAAGAUCUAGUUCCUUAGAUUUGACUACUGUAUUUGUUCCCCUAGGAUGAGUUGGAGAUUUUUCCAUUGGGUAAUAAAUAUGGGGAUAACCU